CGUAAGCGUAAUGCGUAUUCCUGACCUGACUGGCUGGUUGGAGGAGAGGAGGCAAGCAGAGCAUCCUCGUAUCUUUAACGUUUUGUUCGGUGUCAAAACGUUAGAAAUACGAGGAUGGAAGGAAUGAGAACAGCGAGAAGAGGAGGAGGGCCCAUCUUGCCUCUGUGGCACAGAAAUGCACUAAUAAAAUCCCGGUCCUGCUGUGCUGCGGGAAACAGCAUGAUAUCAUUCGAACCUUCCGACCGACCUACCCUACGAACAUGCUGCACUGCAAACGAAAGCAAGGGACAAGUACUGCAAGUUUAACUACUGACGGGUUGCUUUCCUGAAACGAGAAGAUGAGACGAGGGAAUUGCUGGCGUACGAUCAGUUGGCAAUUGAUCAUCAGAGAAGAUGCACUCAUUACUUCUGACGUUCAGCCUUUUGUGCAACCAACGGACUAAGCCUCUGUGCUAGAGAAAGCAGUCGUCGCCCUUCCCCAGCCUGACAUAAGAGACAGAGGAAGAGGAGGAGGACGAGGUGGAGGGCGAAGCGAUAGAGGCAUCCAUCAGCCAUGAUAUUAAAAAAGGACGGUUAUAAAGAGCAAUCACCCUCCAAAGAAAGCUCAUGGAGAAACACUUGACAGGUGAGUGCAAGGAAAAGAGUUUAGGUGGUACGUUGUAGAGCCCCAUGGACAGAUGAAAUCUGGCCACACAAUUUUACCAUCACCACCACCUAUGAAGGCCACAACUUCACCACCAGCUCGACUACAGAAAUUGAUCAUAUUUACAAGUCCAGCGGUCGCGCAUUGGAGUUCAAGAGAAAUGGAUAUGCGCUGCAGCGUUCCUCAUGCGUCUGUGGGGUAUGGAUUUGGAUACGUACAAGAUAUGUGCUAGUACCCGGUAAAUGAACAUAGCAUGAGUGUGGGAUGGUGAACUCAGUCCCUCUGUUGUUGCAGCUGUAAUAUAUAUUCUGACAGCAUGGCAGUCGAAGUGCUUAAAUGUUCAACGGAGCGGGAGGAAUACUGAAUGAAAUGCUGCGUUUCCCAGCGAGAGCGGCGAUUUCAACCGAUCAAAAGAAUUGUUGGCACAUGAGAGGGAAUUGGACAAGUGGACAUUACGUUCGUUUCUGAGCCAUGGGAAGGACUAUAGUUUUGUGUCUCUCCUUGGUGGUGAUCGCCAUCUUUGUACUUCUGCCCUUCUGCUUCUCUAUUCGCCAAACCAACCCAGAGCCAAAAGCAGCAGCAGCAGCAGUCGAGGCUUCAACAACGGCGGUCAUCGCGGCCAGAAACUCGGCCGCGAGCUCGAGCUCAAGCAUGAUGGGUAUCCGAGAUGUGAGAACCUUGUUCGGUGGCGGACCACAUUCGAAUCACUCACUUGGCAACCUUGAUGGUGGAGGUGAAGAUGACGAGAAGAAAUCAGCCCGUGCCCAGGACUCGCCUGAGAGCGUUGCUUCCACGCAGGAGAUAGUUCUGGACGGCAAGUAGUUCUCUCGGACACUGCACUACAGGAUCUGAGAAUCUUCGUGCACUGAAUUAGUACAGUACCCGUACACGCACACCCACACCGAUCUCAGCUGCAUGGGCCGGUCUAUGGUCUACAGGUGCAUCAUACUGCCAUGACAUACAGAAUACAGUGCAGUAUAUGAUGUAUUCCUCAGUUCGAUUCUCCCAUGGACCAUCUGGGCACCUCGCGGGCUGUAAAACGGUUCGUUCAUCUCUGUGUACUCCGUUACAUUAAUCAGGGCAACUAUUGAAUUGAAACCUUAAAUACAUAAUGUCAAAUAAUGUCAUUAUUUGUAUCGUCUGUAUAUCCUCAAUCCAGAUCAAAGUAGACUAGAUCCCUGUUAGAAGUAAACAUAUGAAAUAAUAAGCGGCCGGCAUAUGUAGGAUGUUAAUAGGAUUCACUGGAUGUUGGCAAGAUUCAUCAUUCAUCUCUUGGAGCAGUAUACAUUUCUAUUUCUUCCCUUCUGGGUCAGUUAAGUAAGGACAUAUUGGUUGAAGCCAUAUGCUUCACGCAAAUGUGCAUUCAGCUGUGAGGAGACGACAUUUCCAGCUCUAGUCAAAUUGAGGUUGCAAAGACGGACUUGUGACUUUCCUGUCACCUGGUGCGUUUCAGUCAUCUAAAUUCACUAACUUUAUACGAGGCUUCUGCUCGCCGAGAGAAGUAAAGACUCUCUCCACCCAGGUUGGCAGGGAAGUUGGGAGUAAAUGAAGUGAGUUCUCUUUGGGAAUGGAGGCGAACUAAAUGAAUUGGGUUGUUUCUUUCGUGUACUUACAAAAAUUGAUGUCUCCUG